UCUUUAUAAAAAAAAAAGAGUGAUAAUAGUAAAUCUAGCAAGAGUAGAAUAUGCAGAUUUUUUGAUGUUACGUUACAUUAAAUGCAAAUGUAGCACCCACUUUAUACACAAGGAUAUACGCAUUACACAACAGAUAACGAGCCUACUCUCAUUGCUUUUGAGUUAAGAAGAAAACAAAUGGACAAAUACGUUUAGAGAUUGCCGUAGCAGGAUAUCAACCGGUGACCACAACGCAACUGUCACUGUUCUGCCUCCAAGAAUUAAUAAUGUGUCUACUAUCUCCCUUUGGCCCAUGCCUAGCGCUCCUCCUCUCAUGGGCAGCGUCACGGCCUAUUCCCCCCCUCCCAAAAAAAAGCCUGUUUCCGCCCAGUUGACCGGGUGUGAGUCCCGGAAUGUGGAGCCGGAACCGGGAGCUUCCUCGCUUCAUAGGACCAGAGGCUGGAGCUUGGGGAAGAGAUGCGGCCUGGUAACCACUAGGUACUGAAAAUAUAAUUUCUGCUUCCUUUCACCUUCCAUAUUAUUUUAUUAUUAUCAGUUAUUGGUAGAGCACCAACAGAUUCUGCAGCGCUAACAUUUGAAGCCUAGAGAUGAAAACCCUGCCAGGGGUAGGUGUAUUUGGUACCGGAAGCACAGCCCGGGUCUUGGUCCCAUUGCUCCGAGCUGAGGGGUUCUGUAUUGAGGCUCUAUGGGGAAAGUCAGAUGAUGAAGCCAAAGAGCUGGCAGAAGAACUGGGAAUUUCAUUUUUCACAAGUCGUACAGAUGAUGUCUUACUGCACCAAGAUGUGGACCUUGUGUGUAUCAGUAUUCCACCUCCUCUCACUCGCCAGAUUGCUGUCAAAGCUUUAGGAAUUGGAAAGAAUGUGAUUUGUGAGAAAGCUGCCACAUGUCUAGAUGCCUAUCUGAUGGUGAAAGCUGCUUGUUACUACCCAAAGUUGAUGAGCCUUGUUGGGAAUGCUCUACGUUUCCUGCCAGCCUUUGUCCACAUGCGCCAGCUUAUCUUGGAACAAGACUAUGUGGGUGAGGUGCGGAUCUGUGAUGUUAGAGUGUACUGGGGCAGUUUGCUGAGCAGCCAGUAUAGUUGGAUCUGCGAUGAGCUUAUGGGAGGAGGUGGGUUACAUACUAUGGGGACAUAUAUUGUGGAUCUUCUAACACACUUGACAGGCAAGCGUGCUGAGAAAGUCCAUGGUCUACUUAAAACUUUUGUGAAGCAGAAUGAAGAAAUCACUGGCAUACGGCAUGUGACAAGCGAUGACUUCUGCUUCUUCCAGAUGCAGAUGUCAGGUGGUGCUUGUAGUACUGUGACGCUCAACUUCAAUAUGCCAGGGGCAUUUGUGCAUGAGGUCAUGGUUGUCGGGUCAGCAGGGAGGCUGAUUGUACGUGGAACAGAACUUUAUGGCCAAAGAAACUCCUCAUCUGAAGAAGAGCUUCUGCUCUCAGAUCCAUUGACCAUGGACCCAGGAGGACUAAGUGGAUUUGAGAAAGUGCCUCCUCCCUACCUUAAGGGUAUGGCACACAUGGUAAGGGCACUUCGCCUCUCUUUCCAAGACCAGGAGGAUCGUAGAACAUGGGACUACAAACCACUGACAUCAGCUGCUACUUUUGAAGAUGGUUUAUAUAUGCAGAGUGUGGUGGAUGCUAUCAAGAGGUCCAAUCGCUCUGGCGAGUGGGAAUCGGUAGAUAUCAUGAUUGAAGAACCUGAUUCUAACCAGAACUUGUGUGAUGCCCUUCAAAGAAAUAAUCUCUAACCCUUGCACCAUUGCAGACUUUCUUUGAUGCGAAAAGAGAAGAAAAACCUAAACGUUAGCAUAUUCUUUGUAAUUGUACUUGUUCCUAAUUACUGCAGUUUUCCUGCAGGUAAUAAGUUGCAGACGCAAAACUUUCAUGCUCUUGCAUGAGAUUUUUUUAAGACCGCUUUAUUUUAGUAUUUUAACUGUGAAUACUCAAUUAACUUAUUCACUGCUAGCUAUUUCUAGCAGGAGUACCAUCAUUUUAGAAAUUACAUUUUUAGGUUUGAAUCAGUUUUUUUUUAAAUUAUUUAGUUUGUUAGUUUUAUGCUAACUACAUUAUCUGUUAUAUUGCCUAUUUUGCUAUUUAAACUAAGAGGAAAUAUAACUUAAAGGGACAUAGUACCCAAAUAGUGAAUUAAUUGAAACUGACUAAAAUAUCAUAUAAACAUCUCUAUGUAAAAAAUAACAUAGUUUACCUCCAAAAUGUCCUCAGUAGCUACAUCCCAUUGUAAAGGGAGUUUAAGCAUCUAAAUAGGAUGCUGAUACCAGGACUUGCAAGGGCGUGUGUAUCUGGCAUGUGCUGGCACAGUCACUUUAUUUCCCUCCUCACUUUAAGGAAGUUUACUAUAAAAUCUCAAGAUUAUGUUAACAUUUCACAAUAUCACAAACACAAUGUGAAUUCAGCACUGAUGAUGCUGAUUGGGUUUUUUUUUUGCCAUGCAGAUGACAGUAAAUAUGGUAGAUGAAACAUAACUGCUCACAGAGCACUUCGGUGACAUGACAAACUUAUGAGGUAAAAUGUCUUCCAUUUUUGCUUAGAGAUGUUGAUAUAUUUUCUAGCCAACUUUUUAAAGAUGGACUGCAUCACUUUCAAAUGAUUCAGCAUUUGGGUAAUGUCCCUUUAAGUAAAAACAUCACUUUAGAAGGUGACAUGAUAUUUACAUUGGUAACAUUGAAAUUAUCCAGCACUACACUUGUACACUAUUCACAAUAAAGAAAUGAGACACAACCUGUAACUAUGUGACUGUACCUAACCUGCUAUUACUUGUAUCAGGACAGAACUCAUAACAAUCUGCCUACAGCAGGUAUUUGUACAUAGAACAUGCCUGACACUGUCAAUAAUGUAUCAACACAAAAGACAGGCUACAUGACAUGUUACCUGUACAGUAUUGUUGUUUGCAGCCUGUACCAGAAAUCAAGUGACAUGCCCUGCAAUUUGUGUAUACACAAAUGACAUUAGCAAUCAUACACCUGUGCACUAUUUGUACCUAAAGACAACUCACUUGUACACAAAUUGCUCUACCUAAGGUGCUCUUGUACAUAAUGUGUGUGAAGACUUCAUGACUUGUACCAAUAAUACAUUGCUUGAUUUUCAUCUGUUCAUGAGAGAUUUCAUGCAGGCUGCUAAAUAACAGUAUUGGGGUUACACAACUUACACUUGUUUUUAAUGUCAGUAUGACUUGCACUUGCAUACCAGGAAUUCUAGACAACAUAUAGCGUUUUAUUACUGACACCACUUGCUCUUCACUUGUUGACUAAUGGCAAUGCAGUUCACUAGUAAUUCUGUGAAUAUGUCAGUUGUAUGUUUUGUCAUUUUCUAAACAAUUGUAUGUAUGGAAUGCUUCAAAUUUAUUUAUACUUUUGUAUUUUACUUUUUUAAUGUUUGAUAUUAUACAGGUUUUUAACGUUUAUAUUGUCUUACUGGGUUAAGGUUAAAGAAAAUGUCUUUACUAAACUUCGUAUUCUAGUUAACACAAAGUAGAUAUCCGUACAAUCAACAUUUAUGCUCAUUUGAAGGCUCCAUCAUUUAGGUACUUAGCUGAUAAAGUAUUUUUAAACAACUUGUUGUAGUACCUUUUUGCAGCCUAUGUAUUAAAGGGACAUAAAAGUCUAAAUAAAGCCUUCCUGUUUUAGAUAGUGUGUGAAAUUUAAAGAAAUUAAAUUUACAUUCUCGUUG